AUGGACCUCACUCGGCAAGAGUACCCAGCACUGCUGGCCACUUUGCAACCAACCCAAGCCUCGGCCGUUCUAAAUGACCGAGUCCGCGUGAUCAACAAGACCCAUACGGAUAUUGCCGACUUUCUCCAGGAACGUCGCCGCGUGGAAGAGGCAUAUGCGCAAGGGUUGCGCAGGCUGGCAUCCCGCCCGCAGCUGGACAAUGGCGCUGCAUUGGGAAUCUUCCAAAUCCCCUGGCAGCGCAUCAUCAAUGCGACUGAGGCCCUCGCGACAUCGCACGAGACCUUGGCGAACAAGAUCGAGGAAGAUGUGGAACGACCUCUCAGGGAUUACAGCGAUAAUAACCGGGACAUGCAAUCAAUGCCAGGAAUCCAGAAUAACCUGAGUAGUCUGGCCAAGAAUCUCGAGACUGCGCAGAAAAAGGUCGAGAAGGCAAGAGACAAGAGUGCGAAGAACCCGAGACAAUUGACGGUCGCGAUCAAUGCAGUUGAAGAAGUCACCCAACAGUGGGAGUCCCGUGCCCCCUUUGUCUUUGAACAACUCCAGGCUGCCGACGAGGGCCGACUGAACCAUCUUCGUGAUGUCCUGACACAAUGGCAGACUCACGAGGUGGACCAGGUCGAGCGCAGUCGGCAAGCCGCGGAAAGUUGCCUGAAUGUUCUUCUGCAAGUCGAAACUGCGGAUGAAAUCCAGACCUUUGCUGCGAAGAUGAAGGGCAACCGUGUUCCGACUACCCCGGCGCCGGUGCGAAGACAAACAUCUCAGUUGGAUACUCCCACGGCCGCCCCGGCCGCUCCUGCUGCCUCAGCCUUUGAAGCUCCUGACAACACUCCGCCCCUUCCCCCUCCUCCGAGGAUCCAGGAUGAUGCAGCCAGCCAACGGUCUUUUGGAUCAGAAAGGCCAGCACCUGAUCGGGCUACAUCCACGCCAACACCAACCCACCCGGAGCCGCCCGCUAAAUCAACACCGCUGGGAGGCCUACGACGACUUGGUACUGUAAUGGGACGCCGAAAGAGCAUGGUCGUGUCUCCAGGCGCAAGCUUUGACAAGAAGGCAGACAAGAAGCGCAGCCCUUUUGCACCGUUCAAAAGAAGCGACUCAUCGCGUGAAAUGCAAAUCCCAGAAUCCCCACCCUCUACUGCUGAUGGCCCCGUUACAUCUUUCAUGAAUGAUGAGCCUAUGCGGAACUCGAGUGUGUCGCAAGAUCAUGAUCCUGACGCUAUCACGCACGCUCCGGUCACCUCAUCCACACCCGCUGCGCCAGCUACGAACGGCGCUAGCCCGGAUAUCCAUGCCAGAGUUACCAGCAAUGGGACAGGCCAGGCCCAGAUUGACUCGGACGGGUUCGCUGAACGGCCUUCUACUAUUGAUGAAAUAACACGCGCCCAGAGAGAAGCGGCAAGUCUGGAUGAUUCCGGUAUGAACUUGACGAUUCGUGACAAACCCAUCUUAGAAGAUGAGAGCCAGGCAAAGCAGGCUAUGGACGAUAUGGCAAAUGCCCUUCGACUGCAAGCUCAGAGCAACGUUGGUAUCCGACGCACUGGUGGCACUGUUCGCGGCCGCCGCGAUGUGAGGAACACGGUCUACAUCCCCAACCCAAGCCCCGAUAUGAUUUCUUCUCAGGCGCCGCCUUCUGACGUCCAACUGCCUUCGUCGCCAAUCAAACAUACUCCAUCGCUCAGCACCGCGACUGAUGACCAUGCUACCUCCGACACCACGUCUGUUCGCUCAGGGCACACUAUUCACGGCCACGGCCCAAGUAUUCACCCGGAGCUUCAUGAGCCAGGCCUAAACGCUUCCAUCGUCGAGACCGUGAACGCCUGGUUCUCUGAUGGUAACAUUUCCAAAUCCGUCGUGAUGGGCGAACUUGCCUUGGCCCAUAAUCCCAUCCCAGGAGCCUCGGCCGAACCAGCUCGAAUCCGCCUCGACAACUUCCCAGUUCUUGAAAAGAUUGCUGCAAACCCACAGUUCGUCCAUGAGGUGACCCGCGAAGCCACCGACGAGAAACGCGGAGAAUACGAUCUGCAGCUAGCAAGCAUUUCCCGGCCUCUGCCCACCGUCGCCUUCAAGUAUCAAGUGCACCUUGACCCUGCCAACCCAUCCACCUACUGUCCCGUGAUCUUCAAACCGGUCUGGAAUAUCCAAGACUCCCAAGCCAGUGCCAUCAUCUUCUACUCUAUCAACCCCGCCUUCGUGUCCCACCCUGCCGGAUCCCUGGUCCUCAAGAACGUCGUCCUAACUGUCGGCCUCGACAUCUCCCCGGAAGACGAGACCACCAAGGCUCUCCGCGAGAACGUCGCCCACGCCUCCAGCGCUGUCAUGUACCCGAACACCGGCGCCACUUUCCGCCGCAAAAACUCAACCGUGACCUGGCGGCUCCCCGAGUUGGAAGUGAAAGCCCCGGAUACAGGCGAGGAAGGCAAAUUCCUCGUGCGCUUCGCGACAUCCUCGCCGGGCCCGCGCAAGGGCAAAGUGGAAGCGAAAUUCGAGCUGCACAGCGCCGGCAGCGCAGAUCGUCUUGGCGUGAGCCAGGCUGUGGCUGACGCCCCGGCGAAUGAUCCGUUCUCGGAUGAGGGUUCGCCUCACGACCCGUCUGCUGUUUCGUGGCAGGAGGUUCCGACGACUCGGAAGUUGGUUGGAGGGAAAUAUGUUUCUGCGUAG